CUUUUCUACAAAUACCACAAAGGUUAGGUCUGAUCGAUGGCGACAAAUGAUCUGAAGACAACAAUGAGCAAACGCCAGCGUCCUCAAGUUGACUUAUACGAUGCAAUAGUAUACUUUAGGCAUGUGUUUUUAUUGUGAUGGGGUCUAUGACUUUGAUACUGAAGGAAGAAAACAUGAACUGUUAAAGUGCUUUGAUUGUCAUCGAAACGCCCAUACUUUAUGUUCAGGAUUUGAAAAAACUUCAGCAGAAAUCGUGCAGACAUAUGAUUGGCAAUGUAACGACUGUAAAAGUUGCCUUGUUUGUCAAUCAAAGAAUGACGAGGACAAAAUUGUGUUUUGUAAUCACUGCGACAGAGGAUUUCAUACAUUUUGCAUUGAUCCACCUUUGAAAAAAGUACCCGAAGAUAAUUGGUAUUGCAACCUUUGCUCCAGUAUGCCCUCACCGCCUUCUUCUUUACCUUCACCUAAAUUAAUAUCAUUAGUCGACACGACAAACAAUUACAGCCUUAGAAGAUCCCCAACCCAUACCGCAAAGUUCAUUGAAAGCGCCAAAAUGACUAGACAGCAUAAAUCAUCAUCGGUACCAGCAGCAGCAGCAACAACAACAAAAUUAACAACAUCAUCAUCGACAACAUCAACAAAAACAUCAACAUCAACAAGUAGCAAACGAAAAUCGAAUAACCAUACCGCACAGGAUGAAAAUAAGGAUCAGUCACCCACCAUAAAAAAAAUACGCAUGACAGUCACUGAUCCUAUUCUGAUUAAACGUAAAAGAGGGAGACCAAAAGGCUCUUUAUCUGAUGGAGAGGACGAAGAGGAAUUUUUUAAGACUUUCGGUAAUAAAUUAUCAAAAUCCGAAGCUGACACAAAACGCGGCACACCAAAUGAGUCGGACAAAAUCAAAUUUGAAAAGGCAAAGAGCAAAUCAGCGCCAUUGACACCUGCAUCUAUCACUGAAAUCCCAAAAAUUACACAAAUUGCAUUUAAUCAUUAUUUGAUCGACACCUGGUAUGUUGCGCCAUAUCCCGAAGAAUACAGCCAAAAUCCAACUCUCUACAUAUGUGAGUUCUGUAUGAAAUACAUGAAAAGCCAGUAUAUAUCAGAUCGACAUCAACUUAAAUGUAAAGCACAGUAUCCUCCUGGUGAUGAAAUCUACAGAGAUGAAAAAAACAAAAUUUACUGUCAAAAUUUAUGUUUAUUGGCAAAAAUGUUUCUGGACCACAAAACUCUUUAUUACGACGUGGAACCAUUUUUAUUCUAUAUUAUGACUGAAGUAGAUGAUCGUGGAUGUCACUUUGUAGGAUAUUUUUCAAAGGAAAAACGUUCUGCUAUGAAUUACAACGUAUCAUGUAUUUUGACAAUGCCGAUAUAUCAAAGAAAGGGCUAUGGCCAAUUCUUAAUAGAUUUCAGUUAUUUAUUGUCCAAAAAGGAAAGCAAAACUGGCUCACCCGAAAGACCAUUAUCAGAUCUGGGUUUACUUAGUUAUCGAAGCUAUUGGAAAAAUGUCUUAUACCGUGAACUAGAGAAUCAAGAAAGUCCUAUUAGUAUAGAAGAAUUAAGCAAUAGGACAAGUUUGACUCCAGACGACAUUAUCUCCACAUUACAAACAAACAACAUGAUCAAAUACGAUAAAGUGACCGCACAAUACUCAUUGAUUUUGGACGUUAAAACUAUCAAAGCGCAUCUCAGUAAUAUUGAAAAAAAGAACUAUUCGCGUGUAGAUCCUGACAAGUUGACUUGGACUCCAUUUGUACUUUCAAGAGAUCGUCUAGCGGUGUUAUUAGGUCAAACAAAAUCUACCAUUAAAAACAUCGACGAGUCAACAGAUGUUGAUGUAGUUUAAAGACACACCGCACACAUUCUUAAUUAUUGCACAUUCCAAUUACCAGCAUCUAUUACUCUUCUCCUCCAUCCCACUUGUAUAUACAUGUAUACUUUUGCAUCUCAAAUCAUAUCCCCCACUCUUUACAUUCUCUAAAAUAAAGCAUUGUACCCUCAUUUCUAGAGCCCUUGGUUUACCUAACCAAA